UCGUCUUCUUCAGCCGACCGAUCGACGUCCUCUCGUCACAUGCCCCACUAUCAGGAGGGGUUGGCGAAGAGCGCGGGACAUGAAUGGUUCUAUCUCGGAGUUGGUGGAGCCGUCGGUCUCGCGGCUCUUGUAGCCGUUGCCGCUCUUCUCGCAGUUCGUAAACGUCGUCAAUAUCCGUCACUUCUUCUUCCCCCGAGACAGGUGAUUGCUGUCCGUGGUGGAUUUCCCAAGGGCCCUGGAGGCCUAAAGCAGAGCCCAUCUCCUCUUCAAUCGCCGCUUUCUAAUGACUCCACGCCAUCGCCAGUCGUUCCAUUGCAGAAUCUUUUGGAGGAUCGAACCAGAAAACUAUCCCCAUCAGAGCUUCCAUCCGAACGUGGAAACAUCUCGUUCACAUUGAGCUAUGACUCUCACACUCUAACCCUUCUUGUCAGUAUCAUAAACUGCCGAAAUCUCUGUGAGAUGGUAGUUUCUCGUGACGGACAAUGUCUCCUUGAUCCAUAUGUCAAGUUACAACUACUUCCCGAACGUGAGCAUCGUGUCAAGACGCGUAUCGUUCGUUCAACCACCAGCCCAGUUUAUGAGGAGCAAUUUGCAAUGUAUGGAGUCACUCACGAGCAAGUUAACUUUGCCACGUUGCACUUCCAGGUCGUCGCAUUCGAUCGUUACUCCCGAGACACUGUCGUUGGAGAAUGUGUCUACAGAUUGGCUGAUGCAGAACUUCAAGUUCACAAUGAGAUGAGAGUUGAACUCCCUCUCCUCCCACGUGCCACUGAUACUGUAGCUGCUCGUGGAGAGCUUCUUCUCUCAUUGACAUAUCAAGCUGCAUUCAACAAUUUGACAGUUGUUGUUCUCAAAGCCCGUGGACUCGGAGGACGAAACGAUGCCGGAACUGCAGAUCCAUUUGUCAAGUUAUACUUGCGCAAGGAAAGUGGAGAACGUAUCGUUAAAAAGAGAACACAUGUGAGAAGGUCUACUUUGAAUCCUGUCUACAACGAAUCGUUUGUCUUUGAACUUCCAGAUGAUAGAUUGGAACAUUCUGUUAUUGACUUGCAGGUGAUCAAUCAUGACCGUGUUAACCGUAAUGAUGUAAUUGGCCGUGCCCUUCUUAAUAUGGAAGAUUCUCACGUUGUCGAAGUUCUUGAGAAUCCAGGAAGACAAGUUGCUCAGUGGCAUCAUCUCGAUUAAAAAAUUUAAACCUUUUUUUUUGCUUUUAUUUCUGUAGACCUCUACUGGUUUUCGAACCUAAUCCCCCAUACUUUUCCAUUAAAUAACAGUCAUCACUCUCUCCGUCCACAACUGAAAUUUUGUAUUCUCUCUCCCAUCAUGUUUUGUCAGAUAAUUAUAUUCAUUUUAACAUUUUAACAUGAAUUCUCUCUCUCUCACAGACACGUUGACAUCUGAAACAGGCAAUUAACAUCAUUUUUAAUUUCAAAUUCUUUUUUUAUUUUUCGAUGGAAUAAAGAUCCGUUCCAAUUCUGUU